UCUGCCGCCGUCGCUGCUCAGUCUGCUUCCGAACCGCGUGGUGGUACGUCGCCGUCCGUCGUCGUUCGGUUUUCGCCGGCUGGCCAAAGUUACGAGUUUUUUGCGAGCUUAGCGGGUGGCUAGUGUCGCCCUAACCCCAAGCAUAACCUCAGUCCGAAAUGACCAAUGCAAAUAUGUGCGUACAUGCAGCAACAUAUAUUAAAUCGAAUUAAAUCCGCACAAGAUUUAAACUAAAAUCAAAUUAUUACAAUAAUUGCUCCAGUUGCGUGUACGAGUCCGUGUGCGUGUGCGAGUGGGUGUUCGUGUAUGUUUGUUUAAGUGUGAAUCCAAUUUCCUUCUUUUCCCGGUUUUCCCCUUGGUUUUUCCGGCUUUUGUCGUUCGUUCUGCUUUGGUCGACCCAAAUUUUAAUUGCACCGCUUUCCAAGUUCAGGGUUGAGUCGCAUUAAAAGGCACAAAUAAAUCAGUGAAAGUGGGCACAACGAUUUUACCAAGGAUCAACAUCAAUUUAAUUAAACCGCAAAGAAUUCACUCGCAUGCUAAAAUGGACAACUGGCAAAAAGCAUAGCAAAAACAAAUUUUGCUGCCGAUAAAAUUCCUUACUUGCAUAAAAUAUUAUAUUCAUAAAAUUUUAAUAUUGCCAUUUGCGUUAAUUAAACCAUGAGCAAUUCCAAUAACAAGAGCCACACAAAGCCAGUCGCUUGAAAAUGCAGACUCGGCUUCAGGUUCAGGCUAGUCCCAAGAGCUCCCGACGUCCGAGCAUGUCGCCAUCCCUUUCGGCCGGGGACUACGCAGGACUCGUCGGGUGCUCGGCGCUGGCUUUCGUCCUGUACCUAAACACAUUUAACGCUGGAUUUGUCUACGAUGACAGACGAGCCAUCUUGACCAACGCCGACGUGAGGGGGGAGGGUGCUCUAGCUCAGCUCCUGCGAAAUGACUUCUGGGGCACUCCUCUCGUGGACAGCGGUUCCCACGGCUCCUGGCGUCCGUUGUGCGUGCUCAGCUUCCGGCUCAAUUACCUGGCGGGUGGACUCAUCCCCUCCGGAUACCACUUGGUGAAUAUGCUGCUCCACAGCUUUGCCACCGCACUGGUGGUGUUAGUGGGCCGCACUUUGCUGCCCUCGCGAUUUGGAGUCCUUGCGGCCGGUUCUCUGUUCGCCGUCCAUCCAGCCCACACGGAGGCGGUGGCGGGGCUGGUGGGUCGAGCAGAUCUGGGCGCCUGCAUCUUCUGCCUUCUCGCCUAUCUCAUCUACCGCCGGCACAUGGUCACUCGGCAAUGGGGGUCUCUCCUCCUCACCGUCCUCCUUGCCAUGUCCGGGCUACUCUUCAAGGAGACGGCCAUCGUGACGCUGCUUCUUUGCGUGGUGUGCGAUGUCCUGGCCACCAUGGGAAGGGGACAAGAAAAGCACCGCCUCCGAUCUGUCACGAUUUUGAGUUUUUCGUUGGUGUGUGCCCUCUACUGCCGCCUGUGCCUACUGCCACGCCCCUUCGCCGCCUUCGCAGCAGCCGAUAAUCCUACAGCCCAUGAGACAAACUGGAAGACUCGCUCCUUGACAUUCCUUUACCUGCCCGUGGCCAACCUGCAAUUACUGCUCUGGCCCCAGGACCUGAGCUUCGAUUGGAGCAUGGAGGCUAUUCCGCUCAUCAGAACACUAUGGGAUGCCAGAAAUAUUCUUAGUGCCGGAAUCUACGGUUCCUUGUUUCUAUUGCUUUGGACGAGCAGCGGGGUUUCGAGGAAAUCCCCUUGCAUGGGCUUUUCGGAGGUAGCGGACAUAUCCCUGCCCCUAGUGAGACGUCUGGGGGGCAGUAGCUGCCAUACCUGGCUGGGUCUCACCUGCCACUGUCACCACCAGGUAGCGGAAAACUCACAAACCGCCGCCAGCUAUGAUUCUGCAUCCUUCACCGCCUCCAAGAGUCCUUGCUAUGCGCCGACUCGCUUGAUGUGCGUCGCCUUCCUGGUGAUGCCGUUCCUGCCCGCCAGCAAUUUGCUAUUUUAUGUGGGAUUCACUGUGGCCGAGAGAGUUCUCUACCUUCCCAGCGUGGGCUACUGCUUGCUCUUCGGCUAUGGCUUCGGAAGCAUCUGGCGUCGGGCCCAUAGCUCCCGGCGCUACAAAGCGCUGCUACUCUGCCUCCUCGGAGUGCUUCUGGGAUCCCAUUGCGUCAGGACUCUAAGACGCAACCUGGACUGGCGGGACGAAGAACAAUUGUUUCGCAGUGCAAUCUCCAUAAAUCCCCCAAAGGCCCUGGGCAAUUUGGGCAGCAUAUUGAGCGCCCAAGGAAAGUACGACGAGGCUAAGCUGGCUCUGACAAUGGCCAUUGAAUUCCGACCAUCCAUGGCCGAUGCGCACUUUAAUCUAGGCGUUGUGCACCAGAAGCAGAACAACUUGAGCUCAGCUGUUUCCUGCUACCGCAGAGCCAUUGCGCUUCGCCCCCAAAUGGCCGUGGCCUACUUGAAUCUGGGCUCCUCCCUCACGUCCCUGGGCGACCACCGGCAGGAAGCCAUCUCAGUCCUCCGGACCGGAGCCCGCCUCGGAGGGCAGGAGGUGCGGGAUCGGGGGGCCCACGAAACGGCCCGCUACACCUGCUACGUGCAACUGGAGUCACUGCUUCGCUCCGAUGGCAGAUUGAAGGAAGCUGCAUCGUUGAUGAAGGAAGCCUUAGUAGUGCUUGGAUUACUUCAUCAAAGCCAGCGAGCCGAGCUACACCUGCGUCUCGGCGAAAUCUACGCGGAUCUGGAGGACUGGGAGCAGGCCGAGAGGCAACAGCGAUUGGCGUUGCAUCUGCAACCGCGGCAGGGAGCCGUCUAUGUGACCUACGGCCAGACGCUGGCCAGAAAUGGCAGUCGCAUAGCGGAGGCUGAAAUGUGGUUCAAACGGGCGCUCCAGCUGGCGCCCUUGGAGCCCAGUUCCCAUCACCAUUAUGCUGACUUUCUGGAGCAGCAGGAGCGCCAUCAGGAGGCACUUACCCUACGGUUAAGGGCCGCCGCCCUGGCGCCACACGAUUACGCCCUACAAUCCUCGGUGGCGGAUGCCCUCCGUCUCUUAAAUCGCCUCGUGGAGGCGGAAUUGUGGUAUCGACGGGCGGUGACCUUGCAGCCACUGGCCGCCCACGCCCACGCCAAUUUGGGCGCCAUUCUACAGAUGCGUGGCCUGCGAAAUGAGGCGGUUGAGUGCUAUCACAGGGCCUUGGAGCUUCAGCCAGGACAUGACAUUAGCAGGGCGAAUCUGAAGAAAAUCAGUCUCAACUGGGACAAUACGUAGCACUCGAUGAGCAGUUAAAAUAGAAGCCUGGACUUACUUCUUGGUAUUUAAAGAAAUGUAAAUAAAAGCGGGAACUACUAAGACAAAAUAUCAAUAUAUUUUUAAACAUUAAAUAUUAAAACUAUUGGGAAAA